CACUCUUGAGAUUGUUUCAGUAGUUGUGCUCUACCUUCCCGAACUCUGAGGGCCAGAUUCUGCUGGCUGAGAAACCUGGAUGAGAGAGGCAGACCAUUCAGGGACCCUAAAGACUUCAAAAGCCGGCUUCCAGAGUUAAGAUUUAAAAGAAUGACCCAAGAUGGAAAGCCCGGCAUGGGAACCAGUUAGCGCUGGUCAAGUCCCCACCCGGACUCUUUUUUCUGUUCUCAGGAAAUGGGGGGGACUGCCAAACCCCACCUGCCGGAAGUGCCUUUUCGGGAGUACCUGGCGGAUCUUGCAACUCAGCUUUGCAACUCCCGGUUCGACACUGCAACAUGCUUCUGAUUCAGCUCUUCCACUUAGCUAUAAAAACGCAUUAAUCAGAACUGCCUGGCAUCUUCCUGAGCAAGACUUUCACUAGGACCCAGUAUGCUUCAUUUCAUCCGGAAGUUUUCUCAGGCAUCUUCAAAGAUGCUGAAGUACCCUUUCCCAGUCCAACUAGGAGCCAGCAGAAUAGAAACACUUUCUCUCAAGACAUGUCACCAGCAGAACUUUUCCCCUUUGUUUCCAAGGCCUUGGUUUUUCUCUUCAUUUCCAGUGUAUUUGAGGAAGACACACUACUAUCAUACUUCCCCAUGCAGCUUUAAGAAGCAGAAGCAAGAAGUACUUCCAGCCAAACCAUCAAGCACCAUUACUUACCUGCUUGACAGCCCAAAGCCAGCAUUAUACAUAACUCUGGCAGGACUAAUGCCCUUUGUUGCUCCACCACUGGUCAUGGUGAUGACAAAGACGUAUAUCCCCUUAUUAGCUUUUACUCAGAUGGCUUAUGGAGCCAGUUUCCUAUCUUUCUUGGGAGGGAUCAGAUGGGGUUUUGCUCUGCCAGAAGGUAGUACAGCCAAACCAGACUUCCUCAAUUUAGCUAAUAGUAUAGCUCCUCUUGUGUUUUCAUGGUUUGCCUUCCUUAUUUCUGAAAGACUCAGUGAAGCUAUAGUCACAGUAAUAAUAGGUUUGGGGAUAGCAUUACAUGUUGAACUUUUUCUCUUGCCACAUUAUCCCAAUUGGUUCAAAGCUCUUAAGAUAGUAGUCACUUUAGUGGCCUUGCUUUCAUUUAUAAUCACUUUACUAGUUAAAGAUAUUUAUCCAGAGAAAGGACCCAAGAGACCUGGUCAAGUAGAAUAAGCAUGAAACUACUCUGUAGAUGACGUCAGCAUUUUGGCUAUAAGCCUUGGAAGGUUGUGUUUUGGCAUCAUCUUUUUCUACUUCUCCUGUUUAACAGCUUUUUCCUCCUUCAGUGGUUAUUUAUUCUUCACAGAUAUUUUUCCAUUUCUAGAAGUCUUUAUUUCGUAGGAAUUACUUGACAACAGUUUAAAAAUCCCUAACAAGUCAUUUUCACUUUAGAUUACAGCUUUUAGUCUUUAUGAAUUUUACACUUUAAUGGUUUACUUGUUUUGAAGAAUAUAAAAUAAUAAAAAUGAAAAUCC